GCCGCCCGCCGAUGCGUUUCACUUUACAUGCACCUCGCUCUCAGCUCGUCGCUCGCCCGCCCGCCGCACUACACCGCCGCUGCACGCGCUAUAUCUGUACUACUCGUAGACAAAGGAUCCUCGGAUUUGAUUGAUAGGCUAAUGUCAACAUACACACGUCAUGCCAAAGUCAAACCGUCUCUCUCUCUCUCUCUCUACAUAUAUGAAGCCGGCCUCUCGCCCACCUUAGCUUGGCACUUGGCACACACACUCGAUCGAUCGCCAUGGACUGCUCCAACGACUGGGACCUGCAGGCGCUCGUGCGGAGCUGCGGCGGCGGUAACCGCAGCGUGCAGCAUUCGAGGGCCGGGGCCGACGCUCCUCCAAGGGAGGAAGCUGCUAUGGUCCGCGGCGGCGGCCGUGCGGCGGCCCAGCUGGAGUUGCUCGGGCAACCGGUGGGUGCGGUGUCGUCGUGGCGGCGCGGCCUCGACCACUUCGACGACCUCGUGGACCGCGACCGCGACCCGCGCCGCAUGCCCUUCUCCGUCUCCGUCACGCCUUCAUCAUCUCGCGAGACGACGGCCACGUGUGGGCCCAUGGCCAGGGCCGGGCAACAGCUCCGCCACGACGACGUGCUCUUCUCUUUCUCGGCUGCCGCUGCAGCAGGCGUCGUCUCCAGGUCCGGGCAUCAGAUGGUCCAGCCCAGGAGGCGGCAGCCCGGCCGCAAGGCGGGAGGUCGCACUCCCCGGCCCAAGAGAAGCAAGAAGAGGCAGGUGAAGAAAGUGGUGUGCGAGGUGCCGGCAGCCGGCGGCGUCGUCUCCACGGACCUCUGGGCGUGGCGCAAGUACGGCCAGAAGCCGAUCAAGGGCUCACCCUAUCCACGGGGAUACUACAAGUGCAGCAGCCUCAAGAGCUGCACGGCCCGGAAGUUGGUGGAGCGCAGCCCGGCCAAGCCCGGGGUGCUCGUCGUCACCUACAUCGCUGACCACUGCCACGCGGUGCCCGCGAUGCUCAACGCGCUGGCCGGCACAACGCGGAACAGGCCGUCGUCGUCGUCGUCUGCGUCCCCCGACGACGGCGACCACAACCAGGACCAGGAGACGUCGUCGGACGGGGCGGCGCCGUCCGCGGACAACAACAGCAAGGUCGACGACGACGACGGCGCCGCCGCCGUGGCCGUGGCCGUGGACGAGAACGACGCGUGCCUGCUGGAGGACGACGGCAACUGCCCGUUCGAUGGUUUCUUCUGGCCGUUCGACGACGACUUGGAUCGGUUUUUCGAUGACGACGGCGGCGGCGUUCUUGGACGCCGCCGGCUGUCGCUUUAGCUGGGACAGGCCGGCCAGCCGGCGGGCCAACCGAUAUAUAGUCCUCGUUAAGCUAUUAUAUUCAUCGUUGACUGCGCUUGUAUUCUCCAUCAAUGUCUCCUUAAUUCAGUGGCAUUAAGCA